UUCAAUUCAAUAUCAAAAUCGAAUCGAGGCGCAAAGGCCGAAGAAGUCGAUAUAUCGGUAAAAAUGUGAAUGGUACCGAAUAGUAUAGGAAUACCACUAAUAUACCAGUACCGCGAGGUAUGUGAGGCUUCGUCGCAUCACACACAAGCCCGAACGGUAUGAAAUAAGACGAAAUAAAAGAAGAAGAAAAAAAAACUGGUACCAGAUAUGGGUACCCGAAGUGCACACAUACACGCGCGCGAACUCCGAGAUUGACCAUCAUCGUAUAUAUGCGUUCAGUACCACCUGAACUUUGCCGGUAGACCUGUGAAUCUUUUUUUUUUUUAAUAGUUUUUCGGGUACCAUGUGAACACUCGGGCGUAUGGAAUUUUUGAACUACAGAGAUGUACUGUGAGUGUUUUUUUUUGUUAGUUAACUGACUAAAGUGUGCAUAUAUUUUACCCACCAUCAUUAUGGAUGAAUGUAUGAAUUCGGAUGAUUUCGAGCGGGAAUUUGAUUCCAUUUGUUUUGACGGUGGUGAAAUAGAUCUACACCUAGCUGCAGAACUGGGAAAGACACUCCUCGAUAGGAACCGAGAAUUGGAAACUUUGCUCAAAGAAAAACAGACGACAAUCGAGGAUCAAAAGUUAGAAAUAGAGUAUCUCACAAAACAAACCGUCGCACUAAAAGAAGUAAACGAUGCACGAUUGCGGAUCUACGAACAGCUGGAGGUCAGCAUCCAAGACCUGGAACGGACCAAUCACAGACUCCAGCUGGAAAACAACACAGAAAAGAAGAACGUCAAAAGUCUGAACGCGAACGUCGAACAACUCGAGGCGAGAACCCAAGAACUAACCGCCGCAAUCGAGGAAAUCCGAGAAUCGUCUGCAAAAGAAAUAAGUAAAUACGAGCGUCUAACCGCGGCGUUAGAAAGCCAACUGGAAAACCUGUGCCAACAGAACCAGACCCUGGAAAACCAACUGAGCCAACAGGAGGGCGAGGCGAGGAAAACGAGCGUACAGGAUCUGGAUGAGGUCAGGUCGCAGAUCGACGCCCUGAAACGUAACAGUGACGUUGCGGCAACCAAAAGUCCGAAACGUGGCGAGGAAGCUUUUUCGAGCCAGAAAACUGAUGAGAACUCCAGUUCAAGGAAUUCUCGACUUCCUAACGCGACAUCUGUGGAAACUCAACCUGAAUGCGACCAAAACUCCACCGACGAGGUGGACGGGAGGAAUCACGAGAUGGACCAGAUCAUGGAGCAGCUGAGGAGGUACGAGCGACUGAAUGCCGAACUGGAGGAGCAGCUGAGCACAAAAAAUCAACAAUACGAAGAGCUGGAGAAGCAGCUCAACCAGCAGCAGGGCAGCAACAUGAUGAUGAGCAUGCACGAGGAGCUGAACACUUUGGACGAAGUUCGGCAAGGCCAAAUGUGUAGCAAAUGCCUCAGGAACGUGGAUCAAUCAUCCGAUUUCCCAGAUGACGACGAUCAGAGCAUGCUCAACGACCUUCUCACGGCCACUCCUCAGCACCGCUCCUCGUUCACCAUGAACGUACAGGACCACGUGGGCAACCAGUCCUCACCACUCUCAACCCCACGGAACGCCAACCCUUACAAAGUCCUGGUAGAGAAAUACGAGGCAUUGGUGGAGGUGCAUCGGGGUAACCCACUGAAAACCUCCUCCUCCAAGUCCUUCCAAGAGGAGAUGCACAUGUCCGGAGAGUUCACCACCAGCACCAAAGACACCGACGAAGAGAGCGGACAUGGUGGCAGCCACAUCACCACCAAACAGCACAAACUCACCAGGAAAACCUUCUCCACCCCGACAGACUUCUCGGAAGCGGAAACCAGCUCUUCCGGUUUCUCAGACGAGACCAGCAACAAAUCCACUCAAACCGAUGGUAGGGUGGGCUCGUUCUUGUGCACGAUUGCCGACGGUGAAGACUGCAAGUUCAGCAUUUACGACGACGCCAGUCCCUUCGAUUCACGUUUUAGGGACCGACCUGAGUACCGGGAUCUUUUCAAGGAGAUCUUCAGGGUGCUGAAGAAGGCGGCGGAAAACAAGGCCGAAGGCGAGGAGCUACCGUUGCUAGAUGACGUAAGCAAGACGGUACCGCCGCAAGUGCCUCCGGUCACACCGAUGAACGAACAGUUGCCGGAUUUUCCGGACGAUGACACGCAGAGCGUCAUGUCUUCAACCAUGUCGGAAUUGUCGACGCAAAACGAGACAACUACCAUCGUCGAGAGUAUUAUCGAGAGUCUAAACCAACCGAUUCCGGAAACAGUAGAACCUCUUAAGGCGGAGUGUGUGUUGCGUCCUCUGGUGCGACAACCUCUGGAGUACGUCUCUAUCGAGAGCAGAAAACGAUCCUCGUCCAGAAAGAAGAACAAGUACACCGAAAGAUCUGACUCGCCGAUGACCCACAUCAUCGGUAGUCCAAAGAUCACUUACUCGAGCCGACCGAACUCUGGCAGAAGGAGGAAUAAUAAGCAGAGUCCUUCAGCUGCUGCAGACGAGAAUAUUUGGAACGGGAACACUUUGCAGUUUUGGGCUACGACUAGGGCCAAUGUGGCCUCACCUACGCCCAGCCAGGGUAGCGGUAGAGGAGGGUAUUUUGAAUAUAAACCGAGUCCUGCCUCACAAGACUUGAACAAGUUGAAGAAUCUGGAGAAGACCUAUGCGGAGGUGCUGAGGAGCGAUGUGAAGAAGCAAGAGAUGAGGAGGCACAGGAGGACCAAGUAAAAUGGAAUUUGGACGAGAUUUUAAGUUGUUAUAUGUUUUAUUAAAAGAGAGAUGCAAUGAGGGACAAUUCUGUUGGGGGAAGGUUUCAAUGGGAUUCCCUCUACAGGGUGUUACAAAAUAAGAUGCUGGUCCUUAAGGGUGUUAAUUCUUAGGUGAUUUUAAAAAGAAAAGUUUAAAUGAAGCUAUGUUCUAAACCUCUCAACUUGUGAGCUAUAGGGUGUUAAAAUCUUAAGAAAAAAAUCGUUUACUCAUUAUAACUUUAAUACCUUUCUAGAAGUUGAACCAGUAGCGUCCGUACAGGAACGUAAAGUAAAUAUUCUUGAAAAAUAUUAUGUGCGCUACUGGUUUUCUGUAAAAUUAAAAUCAUUUAAAUCUUUAUUUAUUUAAGGACAAAUUUGAUUUUUUGACUUUUUUCGUCUGACAUGCGAUUACCGCAUUAAAAAAGUAAAACCAUUAACAGCCAAUUUAUUAGUAACAAAAAUUAAAUUUAUUUAUUUUAUAAGCACAUGUAUCUACAUAUAUUACUUUACCAUUAAAUAAUACGUGAACAAAAAUGAAAAUAGUUUAUAUUAGCUGUUGAAAGUGGCCACCACCUGCCAUUAUGCAUGCUUCAUCACCUCUCUAUCAUUGAGUUUCAUACCCUUUGAAAUUCUCUCAAUUUCUCUUUGAUUGCUGUAAACCGGCGUCUUAAGAUGUCCCCACAGGAAAAAUCGAGAGUGUUUAGAUCUGGCGAUCUAGGUGGCCACGAGUGUGAUCCACCACGACCUAUUCAACGAUAACUUAUUAUAAUGUUGAUUUAAAAAUUCCCGUACUUGGACUUUACUUUACAUAGGUAAAUAUUUUUACAUAUGUUUAUGAAAUAAUUAAAUUUAUUUUUUUUUAAUAAUAAAUUAGCCAUGCAUAUAUAUGUUUAAAUUUUUUUUUCGCGAAUAUCGCAUGUCGAACGAAAAAAGUCAAGAAAUUAAUUUUGUUGGUUAAUAAAUCGGCAUUAGAAAAUAGUUUUUAUUUUACCGAAAAGCAAUGGCGUACAUAAUAUUUUUCAAAAAUAUUCCGUCUACAUGCCUGUACUCACGCUACUAGUAAAACUUAAAAAAAAAAUCCCCUACAUCAAAAAAUGGCUGCUGAUUGUAAUAAAUUUCAUAAAUAGGAAGUUACUAUGAAGAAACGAUUUUCUUCUUAAGAUUUAAAUACUAUGUAGCUCAAAAAUUUAGGCCUUUAGGACAUAGCUUUAUUUGAACUUCUCUUCUUACAAUCACCUAAGGAUUAACACCUUUAAGAAUCAGCUUCUUAUUUUGUAACACCUUGUACAUAGAUACAUUUUGUGAGAAAAUACGAUAUUUUUUUUUAAUGUGGCACCCUGUUUGUUAAUAAAAAAUCCCGGAUAUUCUCAAAAACUAUACAGUGUGACUCUGCGGGCACUGCCCUGAUGUAAUGCAAUCAGUGCAGUUUCUGGAGAACCACCCUGUAUAUAAUUUUAUUUUGAUGGACACCCUGUCUUUUCUGAAAAAUUAUAGCGGAUUCUUUUAACUGAGUAAUAUUCCACAUUACAGGGUGUCCCUUUUAAAGUGUAUAUUUUAUUUAGUUAUAUGAGGCUGAUGAUAUUAUUUUUUUUUAUGUACAUAUGAGUUGUGAAUGUUUAUUUGUUGUUUAUUAUUUGACUUCAUCAUAUGUUAGACUUGUUUGUCCCAUUUGACCGCGAGAGAAGCUUAUACCGGACACGCUCUUUAUCAAGUUGAAACAACCCUGAUGUUAAUAUGUGCCAAUUUGGAUAUAAUAGUAUUUAAAUGUCUUUAGCGAAUAGCAUUUAGGAGUUUUCGCUUGUAAUAUUAUCGGAUUGACUACGAAAUAUUUUGUUUUUUGUGUGUACCACGCGUUCGAAGCAUUUCUAGCGAUUCUACUAUACUCAGAACGAGAUUUUAAAAUUUUAGAGAAAAGUUCAAUAUUAGUAGUGUUUUUACGAUUAUGUAGUGAAGUAAUAUUUCUGAAUAAAUUAUUUUACUGUCCUUAA